GUCAAAACAGAGCCCGCAGCCAAGGUAGGAAAAGCCAACAAGAAAGCCCCGACCGCCGCCGCUGCCGCCGCCGCCGCUGCCGUGCCCACAGUAACGUUCCCACUGCGGGAACUGGCGACGGUGGCGCCCCUGGGGGGGCGGCGGUGGAGCAUCCUGGCGUUCGAGGAGAGCUCUGUGCGGGGCAUCAUGAGCGCGGUGCAGCGCAGCGAGGCGUUCAACCAGCAGCCGCAACGCAGCGAAGACAAUGCGCUGGAGCUGACACUCACCGUGGAGCCGGAGCGGGCCGAGGAGCUGGUGCGGCGGGCCAAGGAGACGUGCCAGGCGUGGCGCGACCAGGUGCGCGACGAGUCGCACCGCCGCGAGGCCGUGCACAAGAAGUGGCGCGCCGACCGCCUGAUCCUCAGCGACGACCACCACAAGCUGCGCGAGAAGGUCCAGAAGCUGCAGGACGACCGCAUGAAGGUCAUUGCCCAGAAGGAGAAGGAGAUUCUGCAGUUCAUUGCCAACAAGGCGGGCUGAGCGUGAAAGGCAGUUCUGUGUGUCCGUUGUCAUGUAUAAAUUACCUCCCUGUCUACAGUACAAGUCGUACCAGUGAGACAAGGUCCAUAUAAAAACCAAAGAAACCAAUAACGG